UCCAUUCAUGUGUUUAUGUGCUUAUUUGUCUGUGUGGCGGCGUGUGUGUGUGAGGGGGCGUGUCGGCGUGGUGUGUGGAUGGAAGACAGGUUCAUGACACGGUUGAGUUGGCGUUAGUGCUUGCGUGUGUGUCUGGAGGGUGUGUGAGCGGAGGGAGUGCGGUGUGUGUAGUGGUGGUGGUGUCUGGUGUGGACAGAUAUAUGACAAGGUGGAGUUGGUGUACGUGUAUGUAUGUGUCUGAGAGUACCACUGGUGAUCCUUGCAGUGCAGCAGAGAGGUGAGGGCGGGUAAGGCAGGGACCGGCAGCCAGCAUGAGUGAGGCAUGAGGCAGCACCAUGUGUGGCGCGCUGCUCCUCCGUGAGGUGUGAGGCCAGCCUGUGCUGCUGUGAAGUGUGUGGUGGCGUGAUGUGUGUGUGUGUGUGUGUGUGUGUGCCCAGUGUCAGUGUGAUUAGCAUGGCGGUGUGUUAAGGAGGUGGCAAGCAUGGAGCCCUUAGCCGCCCUACGAGAAGAUGAAACGGACUAUGGAAGGGCAGGGCUGCAGCAGCGGGUGGUGGAGCUGUGGUCCUGCCAGGCGGGGCUGCGGCUGCGUCACCUCCGCCAGGUGGUGGGCAGGAACCUCAGCGGCCACGGACACCACCCCAUCCCAGUGCCCUCCUGCCCCCUGCCGUGCAAGAGGCCCAGACCCAAGGCCACCAUGGGGUACUACUUCUCCCUGCACGCCCCAGCCAGCAAGGAGGAGGUGUAUUCCAGUGAGCUACAGAGCACGGCAAAUCCCAACUGGGUGGACAUCGAGGUGGAGAACAUCAGACCCAUCAACCGCCAGUCACUGAGAGGAGUGCUGGUGCGACUAUGGUUCCGGCCGGAGGGGGAGGAGGCCCAGCUGGUAACGUCCUGGGGAAUCCACUUCAGCGGGCUCAUCCCGGUGGGCAAGGUGCUGCCCUAUGACCACGAGAAGUUCCGGCCCAACACGCUGGUCUUCAAGUUGCGCCACAUCUUCUACACGGCACCCGGCUGCUACCAGGACCACAGGAAGCAGCCGCUGCCGCCCCUCCUGCGCUUCGGCUUUGCCCUGCCGCUCUCAGAGACCAAGCCAAGCUACACUGUCAGCGCCCUGUCAAGACUGCACAGCACCAAGCGGGCGCAGCGGCAGCAGGAGGUGAAGUGCCAGGAGACGCAGGAGCUGUUGGAGAUGCGGCACGUCACCAGGGCAGCCCAGAGUCACAUCAUGGGCUCUAAGGUGGAGGACUGUCGCAUGAGGGUGGCCUUACUCAGGGACCAGCUGGAGGAGGAGAUAGACAAGCUGCGUGGCCUUAAACUCUCGGCGGACAACCUCGACAACCAGAACCAGGAGAAAGGCCUGGAGCUGCUGGAGGGGUAUCAGGCCCUGCACCGCCAGCUGGGCACAGUGCGGACGCUCUCAGAGCAGGAAGGCAUCAAGCAUGACUCCCUCAAGAAGGUGUCGGACUGCCUCAGCACUUGGCGCAAGCUGCUCAUUGCCCAGCUGCCCGUCGUGUACCCCAUCAAGCAGGACAGUGACGGGAAGUACCGGAUCUGUGGCGUGCACCUCCCUGAUGCCGAGAACUACGAGGGCACCAGCGAGCGCACCCUGAGUGUGGCGCUGGGGUACGUGGUGCAUGUCGUGGUGCUCCUCUCCCAGCUGCUCAACCUGCCCCUGCGCUAUCCUCUCCGCCCCUACGGCUCCACCGCCACCAUCAAGGACACCACCUCCCUCCUGCUGGCCGACACUGCACGGGAUUUUCCACUGUACACUGGUGGAAAGGAGCGAGAGAAACUGCAUUUCAAUUAUGGGGUGUUUUUGCUGAACAAGAACAUAGCCCAGAUGAGGUGGUACUGCGGCAUCCCCACUCCAGAUCUCAGACCAACUCUGGCCAACCUGCAUUUCCUGCUGGCAAGACUGAGCCAACCCAGCCUGGGGACCCAGCCGUCCACCUCCAUGCCGGACGUCAUGAUACCCGUGAGCUCCGGCACCACCUCUGUCACCCUGGAGGUGCGGACACCCCCAAGCCUCUUGCAGCAGCAGCACUCCCCCAGGCUGCCCCUUAAUCCCCUGGGACAGGCUCGCUCUACCAGCCAGGAAAGUGGCCGCGAUGCCCCGCCAGAGGAGGAGGAAGAAGAUACGCAUUCCCCCUGGCAGCCAGCAAAGUCUGGCAGCGAGACCACUUCCAGUGACGUGUCUCCUGUGAAGGCAUCACGGCUGUGCGUGCGGGAGGCGGCACCCAUCACCAGCCCCACCUCUUCCACCGGCAAGUUCAUCUUUGUGGACCAGGUAGAGGUGGGCCUUGGACCGGUGGUGCAACGGGAGCUGAGUCUGGAGGAGCGGCUGGCCUACACCAAUGGCCUUAGCCUCUCCCUGGAUGGCCUCAACCACAUUGAGCAGGACCCUUACUACAGGAUCAAGGAACUCUCCAGCUGUGAGGACCUCAACAUGCUCAGCAACGUGUCCAAGGUCCUCAACUACAGCCGUGGGUCCGAGCCGAGCCUCCUGGCCAAGGCAGACGCCCCCGCUGAGGAGGAGAUCCUGCCAGUGUUCAAGGAGCCCACCACGGAGCUGCUUCGGUCGUGGCACGAGGACGACCCAUCGCACUACACGGAUGCCCUGGAGGGGGUGGCCGUGGACAGGCUGGAGGAGCUGGGGGAGGAGUGCCACGAGAACUUCAUGGUGCCUUCCCGGGAGAUCAACUCCAAGGACAACAAAGACAAUGAGUGUCCCGACCCCAGUGAGACAAAGGAACGCCUGGGCUCAGAGCAAACCUCUGAGGGAACCCCAGAUUCAAUGGAGAACUCCAACCCAGAGAAGCCUUCAGAUGGAAGUGGGUCCAGGGACAGCCCAGAGGUGCCCAGAGAGGAAAAAGACAAGGAGCUCUCUUUGUCAGAAUUUGGAAUAACUGAGGACAUGUUUUUGAAUGAUGUUGCCUUCCGGACGGCCGCCCUCGCCAGCCAGAACUGUAGCUUCAAGAUGUCCUUCUCACGACAGAGUACGGAGGAUGAGUACCACUAGCAGACAGAAUGCAUAGAAAAUUUUUCAAAUGUCCUAUUUUCUCCUAUUUUAUCAUUUAGUGACAUUUGGCUAGUAAAGGUCAGUUAACUAUUCCCUAAGUAGGCAUCUUUUAAAAAAAGCUUUAAUGACAAAUUAGCAGAGAAUGUACAUUGUGAGCUGCCCCUGUACAUAGAUUCAGAAGUUUUCUACAUUGCACUUUCUACCAGGCGUCGGCGAGGGUGUCUGAGAAAUGUGUGGAAGGCUCUAGUCCGGCUCUUAGUAUGAUUCCAAUAGUUUACAAUCCUGAUCAGUUUAUGUAGAGAAUUCAUGAGAGAAAAUCUGUUAAAACUUAGAGGAUGAGACGCUUUAGUUAUGUGCAUACAUACACACUUCUUGUUUUGUGUUAGAGAUGCAGGGCACUUUGUUAUGACCUGUCAGGAAAGACUAUACUGCAGAUUUUCCUUCUUUUUUCCUUCCAGUGUAUGGCUGUCCUGAGUAGUGAUGUCACAGUGCCCAGUGAAUUCAUGUCUAUAGCUUGAAUAGAAAUUAAUAUGUGAAUUGAUUAAUGCCUUUAUAUCAAUGGCUUCACAAAGAAUAAUUUACUUGGAUCAGUUAUUGUCUCUUAUAUCAGUAGCUUUACAAAGACUAAGAGAAAGCAGGGAAAUAAUUAGUGGAGGUUCUGCUAUUUUGUUCUGCUUUAUGUAAUGUGACACCACUACCUUGAAAUAUUUAAUGAAACAUGACAUCUUUACUCUGGGCAGUGGUACACGUACAUGCAUGUCUAACCGGCUCUCUGCUGUGAAAUCUGCAACCAUAACUGUGAUAUAUCUCGCGGCAGUGAGGCACAUUGUACAGUGUUGCAAGUUGUCUCACCGUGCUGCAAGGCGGGGUACUGGGAUCACUGAAGAAGAGCAGUCUGGUGGUGGAGGGAAGGAGUGAGUCUCUGGCAACCUUGUGAGGUGCUGCUCCCCAUAACACCAUUCAGAAAGUGCAAGUUUGAAAGAUAUUACAUACGUUUUUUUUAAUUAAAGACAUAGAAGAGACCAGAGAAAAAAAUGAGAAGUGACAGUCUCAGGUUGAUGUGAGCUGUUAUGGGAAGAGUGGAAAACAACUUUAUGCAUUUCUUUUUUUUUAUGUAUUGUGUGGACUUUAGAGAAAUCAAAGGAGACAAGUGCUAAACUGGUAAAGUCUUGGAAACAGCAAGUAGCCACUCCACCUCUCUGUAUGAAAGAAAAGAGAGAGUUUGUAUCUUUUUGACGGUACAAUUCCUUGGCAGCUGUUGCUCUCCAGACCUGAGAUGAUGCAAAGAUCCUGAAGUUGUCCAUUAGCUGCAGUGCUGAGGUGAUUCUUUGAUCUGUGAGUGAGUUUAUUUUUGUAGCAUAUCAUUUUGCUCUAUUUUGGGGGGAAGUGUUCAUGGUAGGGGAAGACUGUUUGCUUUUCCUUCAUUCACACACACACACACACACACACACACACACACACACACACACACACACACACACACACACACACACACACACACACACACACACACA